AUGUCUGUUAACGAGUAUGAAGCACAAAGGCUAUCAAAUAUUGAGGCUAACAAGGAAGUUCUGCGUGAACUUGGUCUCGAGAGACCUCCGCCAAUUUUUAUAGCCAAAAGAAAAAAAGCCACAAGCGACAAAAGAAAAGUAUCACGUCGAUUUAACGAGAGCCAAAACAAUACUGCAUCCAGUAGUGACUCUAAUGGCAGAUUGAGAAGGUCAGGACGUCUCUCUGAAAAGCCACAAAAAAAUUUAAGUGAGGAUAUGCUUUUUAUGGGAAUCGAAGGUGAACCUUGGCGAAAAACUACUGUACGAAAAGCUACUGUGCGAAAAAUUGCUGUUUACGAAAGUGAUCCAAAUUGGCGCCAAAACCGACCGGAUCCUCAUCAAUUCGGUAACAUUCCAGGACAUGAGGAUGAUGUCGAUUGGGGUAUGCAUAUAAGUCAAAAAGAUGUAAAGACACUUAUUUCUUCAAUUUUAGAACAUAUUUAUUAUAUUUGCAAAAUAGGAGAAGCUUUCACUUACACCGGUUCUGGUGGCAGAGACUUAAAAGGCACCAAGAAUAAUCCAAAGAAUUUAAGAACUGCACCACAAGAUCAAGAAUUAGUUGCGGGUAAUCUUGCUCUAAAAAUCUCUUGCGAAACAAAAAGACCUAUUCGUGUAAUUCGGUGA